AGCAGCUGUACUUAGUUCAUACUUAGUAACUUAACUUUGCCAGCAAACGUGGUUGAAUGGGCUACACAGGUGUACAGGUCUGUGGCUCUAAUUUGGCAAUAUACGAGCUUGCAGAAUGCACAUAUUUUUCAACAUCUUGGAUGAUCACGUACUGUCAAAGUCAGAAUGAAUGACAUGAACCUCAGUCCUGUUGGGAUGGACCAGCUUAGCGUGCCCUCUGUGAGUUCCAGUCAUCUCGGUCUGCCCACAUCCCCAACCCACAAUCCCAUCACAACACCAGGCAUGCCUGUGGCUAUUCCCAGCCUGGGUCCCUCUCUAGGGUCCCUUCCCUCCGCUCUGUCCCUCAUGCUGCCAAUGGGACCUCUUGGGGACAGAGGGGUCAUGUGUGGCCUUCCAGAGAGGAACUACUCGCUACCUCCUCCCCCCUACCCACACCUGGAAAGUAGCUACUUCAGACACAUACUGCCAGGUAUCCUGUCUUACCUUGCAGACCGGCCUCCCCCUCAGUACAUACACCCCAGUAGCCUUAACAUGGACGGGACUCUCUCUGUGUCCAGUCAGAACCCCACAGGCAUGGACUCUUACAGUGGCCCUGGUGGGCCCCUGGAACAAGGCCUGGUGUCCCUGGACUCACGGCAGGUCGGAGGCCAGGGGGACCUCCACCAGGGCGGGGGCCACGAGGUGCAGCUGGACUCCACUGGGCUGAACAUGGAGUCCCGGGUCAGCAGCCCCAUAUCCCCGGACCAGAUGGGUGAGGAACUGGCCAACAUGGAUGGGGUAGUGGGGUCAGAGAGCCAGCAGCAACUUGGAGGGAGAGGCCAAAGUCACGAAGGGCUGAGUGGAGUGGACUCAUCCGGGGGGGUGAUGCCCCUGCACCGGCCUGGCCUGGAGCUUCCCGUGGCUAUGGAACCGGAGCACCUAGGCGGUCGGGUGGGGAACUCGGGGGGCGGAGGCGGAGGGGGACUGGGGGAAUCUUUACAUGGCUCAGGCGAGCUGAACCCCGGGGGGGUGAGUGUGGUGCUCACCCAGUCCCAGCUGGAGCCCGUGUCCCUCCACGGUCACUCAGGCAUGGGCCUGGAGCCAGUCAAUGUGUCCCCCAUCACGGCAGAGGUGUCCCUGGGGCCAGAGAACAGCCUGGUGCUGGUCAACAACUCCCUGCAGAUGGAGGACUCCACCUCCAAUAAGGAGAACAUGGUCACCGCCUUCACCAUUUGGUGCACUCUGUGCGAGCGCUCUUAUCCCUCCGACUGCCCUGAGCACGGCCCAGUCACCUUUAUCCCUGACACGCCCAUCCAGAGCCGAGCUCGCCUCUCCCUGCCUCGCCCACUCUGCCUCCGCAUCUCUGUAGCUGAUGAGCCUUUAGGAGUGUUUGCCCGGGAUGUCAUACCUCCCAGGACCUGCUUUGGUCCCAUGGUGGGGCAACACUGUAGCAAUGUUGACCUGCAAGACUGGCCGGACAAGGACACACCGCAGAUUUGGAAGAUGUUCCACAACAACGUGCUAGAGUUCUGCAUCGUGACCACAGACGAGAACGAAUGCAACUGGAUGAUGUUUGUCCGCAAGGCAAGAACCCAAGAGGAGCAGAACCUGGUGGCCUACCCUGACAACGGCAAGCUGUUCUUCUGCACAUCCACGGAGAUCCUCCCAGAUCAGGAGCUGCUCUUCUACUACACCAUUGACUACUGCGGCCAGUUGGGGCUUCCUCGUGUCCCUGAGGGCCAGGUGUGCCAGUGUGGCAAAGAAUGCCAAUCCUAUGCCGAGCUCAAGUCUCACCUGAGCAGCCACGACAACCCCCAUUGCCACAGCCCCGGUCAGGACGCCAAGCUGCCCGGCGGCAGCACGUCCUCGUCCCCCUGGCCGUGCCACUCACACAACAGCGGCCACUCGGACAGCGCCGACAACUCCGGCUCGGGCAGGCACGGGCACGAGAAGAAGCACAAGUGCAGCAUGUGCUCGCGGGCGUUCACCACGUCCACCAAGCUCAACGUGCACUUCAUGGGGCACGUCGGGAUGAAGCCGCACAAGUGCGAAUACUGCGGCAAGGCCUUCAGCGAUCCCAGCAACCUGCGGAUGCACCUGAAGAUUCACACAGGUCAGAAGAACUACAGGUGCAACGUGUGCGAGAAGUCGUUCACUCAGAAGUCCCACGUGGCGUCUCACAUGAUGAUUCACACGGGAGCCAAGAACCUCAAGUGUGAUCUGUGUGACAGGAUGUUCAUCAGGAAGCAGGACCUGAAGCAGCACAUGUUCACACACACACAAGAGCGCCAGAUUCGCUGCCCCAAGUGCGACAAACAUUUCUCGAGGACUAACCACCUAAAGAAGCACUUGAACUCCCAUGAGGGGCGACGGGACUACAUCUGCGAGAAGUGUGAGAAGGCCUUCCUCACGAAAUACCACCUCACCAGACACGUGAAGAUCUGCAAGGGCCCCAAGACUGACCGAGGGGCCCAGCAAGAGGAAGAGGGGGAGGAAGAGGAGGAUGAAGAGGAGGACGACGAAGAGGUGGAGAGACUGAUUGAUCCGGAUCGCAGAGAGGACUGUGGGUUAGAGAGUUAUGAUUCUGAAAAACCACUGUCACCACACCCUUGACUGACUUCACCCAGCCUAUGUGUUUAUUUAUUUACUUUCAAACUGUUCAUUGUUUUGCCAAAAACUGUGUUGUCGCUACAUGGUGGAUAUUUCUCUUCAACUCUGAAUUGGGCACAAACAAGGAUAAUCCUGAUUGUGAUGUACAGGUAUAUCUCUUGGUUACUUUUUAUGGGAAAAGUUAAAAGCAGCAGAUAUCAUUGUGUUUUAACUCAAUGGAGUUGGCCUUUAGUGGUUUCUUUUAAUUGUAUUUGUUUACAGUAGUCAUCUAUGCAUGGAAUAGAUACUGAGUUGACAUUUCUUUGGAUGAUUACUAGACCAAUUUUCGACUUCAUAAUGAUUUACAGUACAUCAAUAGCCCUACAAAACUAACUAUUUAGUUAUUACAAUAUACUUGGAACAAUGUUACUUGGCCAAUGACCUUACCAGUUUUAGCAGCCCCCUCUAAUCUUAUUCACAGAUGAUGCAAUUAUUUCUUGGGCACUUCUCUGAGAUGCAAAUGACCACAAUUCCAUCAGAAACAUGACAGAUACCGUCCAAAGAACACUUUUUUUUUUUUUUUUUAAAUCACUUUGCCUAUCCUCAUAAUUAUUGCCUAACAUGUUGCAGGCAAAUUCUAGUCCUACAUUUGUUAUAUAGGUGAUGAAAACACUUGUUACUGCCCUUCAACAGUGUAAUGGAUUUGGCAUUGUAUUCCAUGCUUUACAGUCAUUUAUUCACUUGCCAGUAGUAUGUUGCGUAUAAUGUUUUAAUGGUCUAUCAUCUUUAUAAAAAUUAAAGGUAAGAUAAACUA